AUGUCUUACGAAAAAAGUGCUAUUGUAAAUCCUCCUGGAUUCGUUCCAUGUUACGGACAAGGACUACGAGCGAAGGAGUCUCAGCUAGGAGCGAUUGGGACAAAGGAAUGGCUCAAAUCUAUAAAGCUCCACAAAUAUUGGCCACUCAUAUCCCACUGGUCAUAUUGGCAAAUGUUGGCUUUGACAAAGGAAAACAUGGAAUACAAUAUAAAAUUUGUCGGAGGCACUGAGAUCACUCACGGGGCCCAGGGGAAGUUACUACGCAGCAUCGAAGAACUGAGAGAGAGGAGAUUCAGGCUGAAGAAUAUAAUCCAGGACCUAGGAUCGUCUGGGAAUUCACUAGAGAACGAACUGUCGUAUAUACAGAAAGUGAUAUACACUCCAUUUCCAACAUCCGAAGAAGACUCUCUACCUAUUUUAGUAGUGCACACCAUACAAAAAAUAAAAGAACAUAUUAUACUUAAUGAAAGUUGUACUCAAGGCGUCAGGAGAUCAAUUGAUCUAAUCGAUAAGGCUAUUAAACGGAAUCUUGUGUUGUACCGAGCAGAAGAAAACUUGAAGAACAUGCCCUUCCUCUGGGAUAUCCACUCUUUCUCAAUGGACUCAGGGUUUGGUGAAAAUUCUGAAGCAUCCCUCCCAAAGAAGCAACCUUCAACCAAAUGGACCAGUGGAAUGGACUCGAUAAUGUACAACGCCUGGAAAACGUAUGAAUACACUUCCCCAAUGCAAGGAACUGUGGAGGGUCUUGCUGACUUCCUAGUCAGUAUGUUUGCAAAUCCACGUACUGGACGAUAA